GUUUUCCUGACUGCAGAGAUGAAGCGUUCCAACCAAAUCGCUGGAGGAGGAUCACUUGUUGUAGGAGUCCCAGUCCUCAUCUAUUGUUUGACCUCCGGCACAAUUCCACUGAACAUGGUUCCUGAAGCUGUUGAUGACAUGUACCACGGCUGCACCGAGGAAAUGGAGAAGAAAGUUAAAAGCACAUAUUUCAACAAAGAGAAUGUGGAAACAUUGAAAAUGGUCUGGGAAAAAUGUUCAAAAAAUAAACACCCAGAGGAUAAGGCUCUCACUAUAAAUCACAUGCUGGCAAUCUGUGUCUAUACAUCCAGAGACAUUUAUAAUGAAUUCAAUCAAGCAGUGCGGACCGGUAAGAACAUCUAUGGCAGCACCUUCCCAUUCCAUUCUUUACAUUACUGGCUGACUACUGCCAUACAAAUCCUGAAUAGAAACCAAAAAAAACAAGGCUGUCAGACUACUUAUAGAAAAACCGAUAAGGAAUUCACUGGUAAUGUUAACGACAUAAUACGGUUAGGUGCGUUUGCCUCCAGCUCUAAAAGAAAAGACCUUAAAUUUUUUGGUAACAAGACCUGCUUUAAAAUUGAGACCUGUUCAGGAGCUUACCUGAAGAAUUAUUCAUGGUUUCCAAAUGAGGAAGAGGUGCUUAUCCCCCCCUAUGAAACAUUCAGCAUAACCAACAUUACUGAAGGUUGGGGUAAAUUUCCAGAUCUGGAGGAUUGUGAGAAGGUCUUUGUUUUGAAGAGUGCAGGAGAUAAAAGUAACCUAAACUGCAAACUUGCACCCAAAUGAGAGAGCAGAGUUUUCUCCAACUGAUGG